CAACCAUUCAGCGCGAUAAGUCUCAUGUCAUUAAGACAGAAACAUAAGGAUUUUAUUUCAAAUUAAUUACAUGAAUAGAAAGUACUUGUUUUAUAUUUAUGGAAAAAGUUUGAAGUUAGAAAAUUGCCGAUGUUACUUCAACAACGUUGAGAAUGUGGUUUAUUCACAAUAAAACUACUGAUAAGUUUUUUUACUUAUGUGGAAGCUGUAGUGAUUUUAUCAUUGGACGAGGUAAUGUCAGUAUUCCAUUAAAAGAUGAUUCUUCUAUUAGCCGAGAACAUGCUAUUUUGAGAUUGAAACGUUCAGAAACCAGAACUAGAGUGGUACUUAUUGAUAAAGGUUCUAAGUAUGGUACUUAUAUAAAUAAUGGAAUAGAGUCUAAGACACGUGUACCAUCCGGAGAAGAAAUAGAUCUCAAUCAAGAUGAUUGCAUCAGAUUUGGAAUUCUUUCAAAUACAUGGACACUUGCAAAGAAGGACUUCAACACUGCUACAUCAGCUUUUUCACAAGCUGACAAAAAUAAAAUGAAGGAAAUCAUGAAAUUUCUUGACGGACAUUAUGAGGAAUUAUUUAGUAGUUCUUGUACACAUUUAACUGUUCCAUUUUUAAGUUUGACUCUAAAAUUAGUUCAAGCACUAGUUGCUGCUGUUCCAAUUAUUACUAUGGAUUACUGGGUUAAUGUUGCCUCUUGUAUUAAAUUAAAUAAACCUUUACCUAAGGAGGAAUCAUUUCUCCCCCAUCAGGCUGAGCCUCUUAUAAAAUGUGACAGUACAAUUUUAUUACCUAGACCAGAAAGAAGGCACACAUUUAAACAGAAGACUUUUGUUUUCUUAUCUACAAGGCAGCAUAGUCAAUUUGAACAAAUUAUAAAUGAAGCACAAGGAAAAGCUAUAUUAUUGGCAAAAUCAAAAUUAACAAAAGCUAAACUUUGUGAGUCUGGAAUGAUAGUUGUUCAGUAUUUAAGAAGUAUGAAUUCUCAGUCGUCUCAGUCAAGUCAAAUGGCUGAUGAAAUAGAUAAUGUACUGCAGAAGAAAAAACUAAGAUUAAUACCUGAAUCUGAAAUUGGUUUAGCAAUUUUAUUCUGUAAUGUAGAAAAAUAUUGCAACCCUGCAUAUGACUUUAAAAUGAACUUUUUGCAGCAAAACCCCCCAAUUGUUGAAGCGCAUGAAAUUCUGGCAGAGGAAACUGAACCAUCUUGUGUUACAAAUAAAAAUAAAGUUAGCUCAUCAACAGAAUUCAUUACACCAAUUGCAGAUAGUGAUGAUAAAAUGGAUAUUUCUUCAAUUUCUGAUGAAGAUGGUACAAAAACAUCAACUAUUUCCAGUACAGCGGCAACAAUUGGAAAUAAACAGAUGCAAAAAGAUAAAUAUGUUGCAAAGCCCAAUAUAAGCCUUAUAUCAGGUGUUGAUGUUUUGGAGACUCCUUCGUCAAACCAAAAGAUAGAUGAUAGUAUAAUAACCUUUAAUAAACCUAGAAAACGCAAUGUUGAUUGUGCUGAAAUCUGUAUUGAUUCAGAUUUAGAAGGUGACUUAAUGCCUCCAACAAAAAUUAUGCGAAAUAAUGAUGAUAAUGAAGAACUGUUUUGUUUUGAAGAUGAAAAUAACAUUAUUUCUGCUCCACAAAAUAAAAAAUGUAAAACUAUUUCAACUACUGCAUCAUCAGUUGAUAGGUCUUGUAAUAUGACACCUAUCAUUAUUGAAAAAAGUUCAGAACGCAAGAAAAAUCCAAUUAAAACUGGAAAAGACAAUUCUGUCCAGUUAGAAUUUUCUGUCAGUAAUAUAACAGAUAAUAAUGUUAUUGCUAACAAUUCAAGUGACUGGCUGUCAUGUAAUGGGAACUCAAUACAAAUGGACAUUUCAGAAAAACAGAAAAAUGCAUCCAAUUUGAUUGAUAUAUCAAGUGAACAUCAAGAGUGGAUUACUACAAUAUGUGAAGGAAUAAGUAUUGAACGUAAAAAGCUAUGUAAAAGAACAUCUGUUGUUGAAUAUAAAACAAUUCAAAGUAACCCUUCCUGUAUAAAUUACAAAUAUUUUAGAAAAGUUCGUCCACUAAUAACUACUUGAACUUAUGAGGUCUAUUAAAGAAAAGUAAAAUUUGUUGUUCAUGUAAUUUUGAAAAUUCAUACUUUUUAAAUAAAUAAAAAUA